UUGGGGCGCGUGACGUAUGACGUUUCCGGAAGUGUGGGCUGGCUACACCAUAGGAAGACAAUCAAACACUGAAUAUGGGCCAGUCAGUCAGGAAACAGUUGUAGUAAAAGGACGCUGCGCUAGUAUAUAGUUUUUGAUUCAAAUUUCCUGUCAGUUUCAAGGGCUUUUAAUACAGUUUCAGGAACCCUGGGAGUUUUUCCUCUGAGUUAAGUGCAGCCUGUCAAACAGCGCUAGCUAGCAUCAACAGAAGAAGUGUUGAAUCAGUUUAUCAGCUACAGCCGGAGAGUGAGCGAUGUUGUUGUGUUGCUUGUCGGUACAGUAGCUAACAAAUUCAUGUUGUCAUUGUUAGCUCAGUUGUUCGUAGCGAUUACUGUAACGUUAACCUAGGCUCAUCGUCUCUGAUGCUCUGCUCUGCUUGUGAUGGCGUGGCAGUAGCCGCUGCUUUGUCUGCAUGAGCCGUGAAAGGAGUAUGCACAGCAAACACGGAUGUUUCUCUCUUCACCCUCUCAAACUCGCUGCAAGAAACCAGAGGAGGAUAAACACCGUAUAACAAUCUCCACAGAGUCAGCUACUGCCAGCUGACAUCACUGUGUAACUUCUUUCCCGGGUGUUGGACUGGUGAGCAGCGACUGAACAUGGAAGAUGAGCUGUUUGACCAAAUUGUGUCCGUGUUUAACCAACUGGUGUCGUGGGUCGCUGCUGGUGCCAUGGUGUUCGGUGGGGUGGUGCCGUACAUCCCCCAGUACAGAGACAUCCGCCGGACCCAGAAUGCAGAGGGGUUCUCUACCUAUGUGUGCCUGGUCCUCCUGGUAGCUAACAUCCUACGAAUACUAUUCAGAUUUGGCCGCUACUUCGAGACGCUGCUGCUGUGGCAGAGCAUCAUCAUGAUCGCCACCAUGCUUAUCAUGCUGAACCUUUGCACCAACGUCCGCAUGGCCACCGAACUCAACACCAAGAGGCGCUCCUUCAUAGCAACAGACAGUAAGGACGAGGAGGUCAGAAUCCCUAAGAGGCUCUUUCUGGACUUUGACUGGAACUACUUCUGGUCAUGGAGUCACUUCGUGGACUACUUGCAGUGUGUGCUGGCCUUCACGCUGGUGGCGGCCUACAUCACCUACCUCCUCCUGGACUCUGCGCUGUUCGUGGAGACUCUGGGCUUCCUGGCUGUCUUCGCUGAAGCAAUGCUGGGCACACCACAGCUCUACUGCAAUUAUCAGAACAAGUCCACUGAGGGCAUGAGUAUCAAGAUGGUGCUGAUGUGGACGAGCGGCGACACCUUUAAAACGGGCUACUUCCUGCUCACCCAGGCUCCCGUGCAGUUCUGGACAUGCGGCCUGCUGCAGGUCAUCGUGGAUGUCGCCAUCCUGUUCCAGGUUUACUACUACAGCCGCUACCCGCAGAAACCAGUCUCGCACACCGUCUCCCACACCACCAGUGCCAAAGCCCUCUGAGAUCC